AUGACCCGUCAAGACGAUUCCCCCCAGGAAACCCUGUCAUUCAUGCCCCUAAACGAACCCUCCUCACCACCAGCAUCCAAACACCGCCGCGCAUUCCUCUCCUGCGAAAGAUGCCGAAAGCGCAAAUCCCGAUGCGAGCCUCUCGACGGCAGAAUUCAACCGUGUAAGCGCUGCGCCGUUGAAAAAAGACCAUGCGAAUUCCGACAAAGUCGCCAGGCGAAGAGGAAUUCGCUACGCUUGCUUCCUUCGCUGUCGCAGGCGAGGCAGGGCCCUUCCCCGGAGAGCACCCAUGACAACCCGUCGGUAACUUCUCCUGCAUAUAAUCUUCGUCAAUUGAACGCUUCACAGAUUAGGGGGUUAGGAGCGACUGAGCGCGUAGAGGGUUCGCCUGGGCGAAGUCAGGGUUUGGAGUCUCCGACUCGGUCUCCUGUACUAGAUGCCAGGACGAGAGUGGUUUCGGCGCAACUGCACAACGCUGCGGAUGCGCUUGAUCUGUUGACGUUUGCGGCGACGAGUACCCAAGAGGCGAGUGAUCUGAAUGCUUCUUCUGGAACUACGCCUCGAUUAGUUGGAUUGUCAAGCUCGUUGAAAGGGGAUUCAACGCAACAGGAUGGAGAGCCAAGCAACGAACAAAAGAUUUGGAAUAGCUUCAUACUGAUCAAGAAGGACUUAUUGUCAAAACCGGAAGCUGUCAAAUAUCUGGACUUCUUUUUUGAGAAGCUGUGGCCGCUGAAGCCUAUUAUUCCGAGAUACUACAAGAACCCUCGCAACUAUCAUAGGUUGAUAGUGGAGGAACCUCUUCUUAGUAUAUGUCUUAUUACGAUUUCCUCGAGGUAUGCCGUAUUUUCAGGAGCUCAUGCUCAAAUACGCUCGGAACGACUUCACUGGCAGUCGUGGAGGAUAUUGCAAAAGUAUUUGCAAUCCGUCAUGUGGGGAUCCAUGAGUACGAGGUCAAUGGGCGCAAUAGCGAGCAUGUUGCUAUUGAUCGAUUGGCACGUAAAGGCGAUUAAUUUUCCAGAGGAUUUCACAGACGCAGAGGGCGAAUUGGUGGAUUCAACCAGCGAGAGGGAGCAUAUAGACGUGCAGAAUGCGCAGCAGCGGUACGGCAUGGCGUCCGCACUGGAAAAGCUCAACAUUUUGUCUCCAGCAUAUCGGAGCAAUAACAUGUCCUGGACCUUGCUAUCGAAUGCCAUUGCACUCGGUCAUGAAAGGGGGUGUUUCGACCCGGACAACUCCAACUCGUCGAUCCCACAGUCGGAAUCCGACAAACGCAGGCAAGAGUGGAGAGUGCUCGUAUGCGUCUUUAUCUACCUUACGGAUGAAAGUCUGGCUACGAGGCUGGGCCUCGAACCCCUACUUCCAGAAAAGUCGAGACGGCUUGUUCGAGACUGGCUGUUUGCGCCGUUUGCGAGCGCCAUGCCGCAUAGCACGCUGUGGGAGAGUUAUUUCGAGUUGUCUAUAGAGGCAAAGAAGGGUAGGGAUUUGCUAAACUCUCUUAGGAAAUCUGGCCUCGGUGUUCAUGGUCAGAACAUGAUCCCAGAUAUGGAGUAUCUGAACAGAUCCCUCGAUCGAUGGCGGCGCCAAAACCAGCACCAGCAAGAUGACACAAAUUCCUUCAUAAAGGCAUGUGUUGACAUCGAGUAUCAUUACGUCGUCAUGUACAGCUUUGGCCCUGCAUCGCAGGCACUUCUGUCGAGCCGCGUGAAGAAUCGAGAGGAAACAUCAUCAACUGCCGACAUCGAAACCCUGAGACAACUUGCUUCAAAGGCUAACAAAGCAAGCAGCAACCUGCUAGACGUAGUGGUUGAGACCCUCGGCCCCUUGAACCUUUUGACAUAUGUUCCUGUGCGGUUCUGGUUGUUCAUCGUUGCCUCCAGCCUUCACCUUCUCAAGGUAAGCUCGGACAUUCCUUUCAUUGUCCACACACCCCGCCGAAAACAGAUGCUGUACUCUCAUCACAUGCAUGCAUAUGCUCAUUUUUACGUGCCUGCUUCUGUGAAGGAAACAUUGACGGCAAACGAAAACGUGGCCGAUGGCCAUCCCAACAUCCGCCUCCUCCGUGCGGUCAUCUCCGCUAUUCACACCUCCGCCCCUGACGAUAUUCACAUGGCUGUUCGGUAUGCCAAGUUUCUAGGCACUGUUCUGCGUUCCUCUUUGCAAGCUUCCUCCAAUGCCGGGCAGGCAUCUGCACCCCCAGAUGGCACACUGGCCGCCGCCACUGCCGACGCAGGAAAUGGUCUGCCAAAUCCAGCGACUAGCCUGAGACCUACAUUCGAUCUGGAAGACUUUGAUUUUGGCUACGACUUUACUGAUGUGUGCAGUUGGGACUUUCCACCCAACUUUGAACCAAUUUCUGAUCCUGUUGCAUGGUGGGAUGGCUCGUUGGGCCGUCAUGGCGCAUUGCGUUUCUCUUAA